AUGGACAAAUGGCUGGUCGCAUCAGCAGCGGCCGUCUCACAGCAUCAGAAGCUGAGCAGCCUGGACGACAGUGGAUUGGGAGAGGGCAUUGGCGCAGCAGAGGAGAGCUUGGGGUAUUCUGUGCAGCAGUUGCAGCUCAGCCAGGCGGAUGGAGCAUCUGUCUGCAGCAGUGAAAGCCAGGAAGGCCGCAUGCCAGCGACUAGCUUCUGUGAGGCUGCAGUCCAAGCAGUGCUGUCGCUCGCGGAGGCCGGGGAUGAGUCACUGCGCAGGAGAGCCGCUGACUAUGCGCGGCGGCUGCUCGCACCUGCAAGCGCAGCCGACACCGCUCCUGAUCAGGCGGCUGUCCCUGGUGCACCAGACAUGAUUGACAGCGGUGUAUGGGCUUGUGUGACUGAUGAGCAGCUGGUGAAGCUGGGCCAGACAGCUUGUGAGCGGCUUUCGGACGUCUCAGCGGCGGUGGCGGGGCCGUGGCGUGGCCUCCUGUCGGAGCUUGAGCCCCACCUAGCGCGCAUUGCCACCGGCAUUGGCACUAGUUCCUCCUGUUGCCUGCCUCUACUGCAGCAUGAUGCAAGCGCGCAGGUGCGGCCAUCGUGGCGCGCUGAGCUGGCGCAGCAGCCGCAGCGGCAGCUUCUGCAGCCGCAGCAGCUGACGCGAGUGCUGGACUGGUUCACCCAGGCCAGCCCUGCACUCCUGAUCAGGCCGCAGGCCGGUCCCACCAUUCUGACGCGGCCGGCCGCGGCCGAUGCGGCGCCUGUCAGGAAGGAGGCCGACAUGAUGGAGUGGCUGGCGCAGCUUCCUGGCGCCUGCCCUGGCCUGGACGACACACAACCUGCCGAACUGAGGAGCCCAACAAGCCAGGCAGAGGCGGCCUGCUGGGCAGUGGAGGAGAGCGCUCGCCAGUGCGUGUCUGCACGAAUGCGCACGCACUACGGCGGCCCGGCUCAGACCUUCGCUGCGCUGGAGGCAGGGCUCCAGACAAGACUGACGAGGGUGCUCAGCAAUGCCAGUUCACCACACAAGGGUUCUGCAACGGAGCUGCAGGCGACGUGGCUCUUCCUGGAGUUCAUGUUUGCCCUGGAGCGCCAGGUGCAGGCUGCAUGCGAGGGCAGCUGCGCUCUCCCACCGCCGCCUCUGCCAGCCACAUCUUUCUUCUCUGUCGGCAAGAACUGCAAGCGGCAGGCCUCGGCACUGCUUGCCCCCGCGCCUGCCGAGCCGCCGGCCCCCAAACCUUCCCCCGCAGCGCCGCAGCCUCCGGCGGCCGCGUCAGCCGCUGAGCCUGCGGCCCCGCUCGGUCAGGCUGACUGGCCCUCCCUCGGCGCGGCGUCGGCAGCAAGCAAGGCGAAGCCAAGCGCGCAGGAGAAGAAGCGCAGCAGGCAGGCUUCCAAGCCGGACAGGAAGAAGCAGGCCGGCCGGAAAGCUGUGCCGCUAGCGGUGCAGCCGCGCAUCCUGCAACGCUCCGAGGAGGCCGCCGCUGCCGCCCGGCCAGAGCCCGCCAGCCGGCCUCCUUCGGCCUCCAGAAAGGCGGGAGCGCAUCAAAAGUCCAGGCAGACGGCGGCGGGCGCUGACGUGCUGGAGAAGCUCAGCCGCGAGGUGCUGAGCACGCUGCGCCAGGCGUGCGGUGCGCUGUGCGCGAUGGGCGACCCAGACACUAUUGGGGGUCUCCAUGCGCACGUCCUUGAGGCGUUUGCUGAGCUGUUUUCAACCACCAGGGUCCAGCCGGCAGCGCUGGGUUGGAUGGAGGGCAUGCGGCUCGAGGCAGGCGGCAGCUACCAGGCAGCAGCGCGCAUCUAUUUGGAGACCCUGCGCUCUGCGGGAGCAUCCAUGACUGCGGAGGGCGUCGCCUUCUUGUCAAGCAGAGCCGCCGCUGCAUACGCCGCCAUUGCCGACUGGGACGGGUUGGAUGCUAUCAGCUCCAAGACAGUGCAAGGCGCCUCAGCGUGCACGCGAACUCUGGCUGCUCUUGACCGAGGAGACAGCGAGAAGGCAGCAGCGCUCUUCAAGACCUGGUCGCCGGGCAGUGCAAGGAACGGCGAGGAGGCGGGCGCAGGCACAGCAGCUCCCACUCCCCGAGCUGCGCACAGCCCUCGAUCCGUCCCAGGCCAAGUGCACGCAUCUGCGGGGCUGUCAGACGUAGUCCUCUUGAAGGCUCUGGUGGCCUUGCAGAUUGGAUACCCCCCAGGCGCCGUGCGGACGGAGGUUCUAGCAAAUGCAGCUGCCCCGGCUGCAGUAUCGGACCAGCCAUCCUCCAUCAGAGCUGGCGUGAAGAUCCUUGGCAGGGACAGCCGAAGGAGCCGGGGAGAAGUGCAGAUCAGUGUGCAAGAAGGUCCAGCACCUAUGCAGCCAGGCCAAAGCAGCGCACUGGCAGCAGCCCUGGAGGAAAUCAGGGCAGAGCAGCAGCGGCUGGGCGCGCGGCUGGCACUGGUUGCCGGUGAGGGCAUGGCGGCGACCGCGCCUCUGCUGGCGGACAGCUGGCUUGCCGCGUUGCUCUGCCGGUCUGUGGAGGCGUGCCUGCAGGGCGGGAGUCGGCAGGACCUGCUGCGCCAGCUCAGCAGCCAGCUUGCACAGGCCGCCGCAGGCCCGAGCUGGCAAAGCCGGCAUUUGAUGGGACUCGGCACCACCAAGAUGGGGGGCCCUGACAGCGCGGAGAACUCCAGGCUGGGGACGGGCGGGCGUGCAGCGGACGUCAGGCCUUGGCUUCAGGCAGAGCGCGUCCUGCGCGUAGCAGCCGGCGGCGGCGGCGGUGGUAGCGCUUCAGAGCAGCUUCAUAGCAGCUGCCUGCUGCUGGAUCUUGCGGCGGCUGCGCGGCGCAGCGGCAAUGAAGCUGUCGCUGCGCGGCUGCUCAACAGGGUGGCAGCGCAGCAGAUCAGCAAUCAGUCGGGGAGUGAGAAUACAGGGGUAUUGGCUCGGGCUACAGAAGCAGGCAUGCAUCAGGAAAUUAUGCUGAGGGUGCACAUGGAGCGGUUGCUGCUGCUGGGCACUGAUGCAGCUGAUGAAACACAUACAGUCCAGGCUGCUGCACUGUCGCAGAGCCUGACUGCAAUGGGCACAGAGCGCAACACUGCAGAGCCGCUGCAAACAGCCGAGGCAACUGGAGACCAUGCCUUCCGUGCGCAGUGCUUGAACGCUGCUGCUGCUGCCUCGGCCGCGCCGCGGGGCUCUGUCAUAGCGGGCAAAGCGAAGCUGUGA